UCGACGCCUGGCUGACUGCAGACGCGCUCCUCGGAUCGAAUCGCCGGCGCAGUGGUCGGUGAAUCAAGUGUCGCCCGCUCUAAUCAUUAAUUAGUGACUUAGGAAAACAGUGCCAAUUCGGCUACCGAAACGGGUUUCCAUCCACUGCCUCUGCGUGCGACUAUGCUGUGGCAGCAGGCUCAUUUGUGAAAAAAGAAAAAUCGUCUGCGGUCGGUUCGAUUUUCACCUGAAUUGCAGUCUAGCCCAAUUAUCACUCAAUCACACCGGCCACAUGGAGUCCACAACACCUGCGCUGGAGCAGUGGCUGGCGAACAGCACCACCACUGCGGCGCCCCAAAAGGCCCUCUAUGCGAACAAGAACUCCUUGAUCAUCGGCGUCUUUGUCAUGGGCCUGGGCGUUUUCGGCAACUCGCUGGCCCUCUUUAUCUUGGCGCGCAAGAAACUGAAUAAAAACAGCAAAUACACGCUCAUGCUGCGAUGCCUGGCCACCAACAAUCUGGUGGCUCUGCUGGGGAUGCUGACCACAACGCUGCUGAAAAUGUACCUUUCGAAGGAGGUUGUACAGUCCUAUAUCCGAGUGGACUGUGUGGGGCUCGUGGUGUGGCGCUUCUUCGGCCUGAGCUCCGGAUGCAUUGCGGCAGUCAUGGCAGCGGAAAGGUGGAUGGCCCUGGCAAGACCCUUUAUUUACCACAAGCACAUCACCUACGAGCUGAUCCGCAAGAGCAUCAACAGCAUACUGAUCGUGGCCGUCGUCAUCACGUUCCUGCCUUUGCUUGGUUUUGGCGCCUACAUUGAUGACUCGAGUCCGGAAAAGCUUAAGUGCAUGCGGUAUCGCGACGCGCCGGGAGUGUGGAACAAGUCGUACGCGGUGCUGUUCAUGGUCUUCGGUACCCUCCUUUGCAUUGUGAUCGUGGCCUGCAACCUGUUCGUGGCACACACUUUGCUCUGCGUCAUCGGAAGGACUCGAACGGCCAAGAGGCACAUGCACUACGACCUGGUCUCCGGGGACAAGAACAGUGCGAUCAGCAUCGACCCGGAGAGCAGCAGCGGCACCACUCUCUACCAGACGCAGCUGAGCUCCGGCAGCGGAGGAAGCCAUCGCGGCGUCCAUCCAACGAGGCAGUUCCGGCACAGCGUCAGCGUCACGAUGGCGGCCACAGAUUCCUCCCCGGUGGAGAUCAAGUUCGCCAAGCUGAUGGCGUUCCUCAGCAUCUCGUUCGUCAUCUGCUGGAUGCCUCAGAUGAUUGCUAUCCCAUUGGCCAUCGCCCCAGACCGCCUGCCCGCAACGAAUAAGUUCUUCAUGAUCGCCGAUGUGCUUACGGCCCUGCACUUCACCUCGGACCCGUACGUCUAUGUGCUGAGUCGAUCCAAGUCCAUCAACUGGUCGCUGCUGGGCUGCAUCAAGCGCUGGAGGAGCGGCUGGCGUCCGGGCGGACUUCGCCGGUCCCAGAGCGACCAGAGCCGCAUGCGCACCACGAUGACGGAGGCGAAUACUCUGGAGUUCAACUAGCUCCUCCCGAUCCUCAUACUGCACCCCAAGUACUUAACCCCGCGUCCCACUUCAAUGGGAUCUCACUCAAUUUUCGGUUCCGCCUCCCUAAGACAUUUGAAGGAGUGGCGCCUCAUAGUUUCGUAGGCUGUAAAUAAUAAGUACCCCACUUCGUACCACACCAUAUCAAGGCUUUCCUUACAUGCUCAUCGCACAAUCUAAGAAUCGAUUGGCGCCAUAAUAUAUAACUUACGUGUGUAAUGUAAUAAAGUGUCCAUGGAAAUUGA